AUCAUACAUAAAUUAAAUUAUGUUAAACUGAUAAAAAAUAAAUCUUCAGUACUUAUGAAUAUCAGUACUUCAUAUAUAAUCAGAUAUUCUUAAGAAAUAUCGCGAGUUGGUGAUGAAAUUGAAAAUUUAUAUGGAAAAUAUGAGUUUCCAGGCAAUUAUACUCUUGUUGCAGGCUUUAUUAUGUGUGACUUCUGCGGAAAUUAUAGUGAAGAUCCCGAAUGGAGAACUCAUGGGUCGGAAAGAAUAUUCUUUGAGAGGCAUAUCAUUUUAUGCUUUUCAACAAAUACCCUUCGCAAAGCCACCAAUAGGAAAUCUCCGUUUUGCGGACCCACAACCAGCUGAAAAAUGGGAAGGUGUUUUAGAUGCAACAAAAAAUGAUAGAAUGUGCUAUCAACAAUCUGACUUAUUUCAUGUGAAUCUUACGGCACUCCAAAAUGAAGAUUGUCUCUAUUUGAAUGUAUAUACCCCAAGAGAUCCAACAACAAAUGCAGCACUUCCAGUGAUGUUCUACAUCUAUGGUGGCGGAUUCGUAAACGGAGCUGCAAAUUUUGAUUUUUUUGGGCCGCAUUAUCUAAUGGAAAAUGAUGUAAUUGUUGUGACAACCAAUUAUAGAGUUGGACCGUUUGGAUUUUUAUCUACUGGUGAUGAAACGAUUACUGGAAACUUUGGACUUAAAGACCAAAAAUUAGCCUUGGAAUGGGUAAGGGACAAUAUCAAAUAUUUCGGUGGGGAUCCAGAAAAAGUUACUAUAUUUGGACAAAGUGCUGGAGCAGCAUCAGUAGCUUACCUUCUGAUGAAUCCGGAACUAAAUGGUUUAUUUAGAGCCGCAAUAGCUCAAAGUGGAUCCUCGUUAUGUCCUUGGUCGUACCAGAGAGAAUAUAGGAAUAUGGCGUACAAUUUAGCUAAAGGAAUUGAUAGUAGCUUUAGCAAUGAAAGUAGCUCUCAAGAAUUAUUGGAUUUUUUGAGGAGUAAGGAUGCCAAUAAUAUAAAUACAGUUGCAGCUAGUUUCAAACAAACAUAUGGCAAUGAACAAAUUAUUCAAGGAUUUUGGUUCACUCCAGUCAUUGAACCUAACCACGAGAAUGCAUUUAUUAUAGAAAAUCAAUAUAGCGCUUUAGAAAGUGGGCAUAUGAAUCGAGUUCCUCUCAUGAUUGGAAUAACGUCUGAAGAAGCGAUUGCCAGAGCUGCAGCAUCAAAUUUUAUAUCUACUGUGCAUUCGUAUGAAAACGACAUAACUAGAUUGGUUAACAAAAAUAUGCAUUUAACGGAUCCAGCUAUUAAAAAAGAAGCAGGGGAGGAAAUCCGAAGGAUAUACACAGAUGGAUUGUUACAAGAUAAUCCAGGAAAAGCGGUUAAUUAUUUUAGUGAUAUGGAAUUUACUAGAAGUGUAAUUACUCAUGCAAAAUUACAAGCACAAUUCAGUGAUGUGUACUUUUAUCAAUUCUCUUAUCACGGAGCAAUGGGAGGCAAUAGACCAAACAUAGAGGGUGCCUACAAAGUAGGACACUCAGAAGAUAGCCACUAUUUAUGGGCAGUUGCUAAUCAUACCUACUUAAACAAUUAUUCCGCAUUGGAUGUGGCUACUAGUGAUAGAUACAGAUUAUUAUUUACAAAUUUUGCUAAAUACUUAAAUCCAACUCCUGAAGCAGUUCCACUUCUAAACAACAUUAUAUGGCCAAAAGUUAAAGCAGACGAAUUUGUUUAUUUGGACAUUAAUGAAACUCUAACAUUACAAAGCAAUCCCAAAGUACAGACUUAUGAAAAUUGGGUUGCUCUUUAUGAGAAAUACGCUGUGAAACCUUAUGAUACAUUUUAGAUUUGUAACAAUAAAUUAUUGAAGUACUAAA